GAUUCUCAGAAGUACCAUCAGAAUUGUCCUCUCCCUGGAGACUGAAUACAAAGCUCAAGAAAAAUGACAGGCUUUUAAAACAACCUCCGCUGCAGCCAAAAAAGCACGACCUUGAAAGCAUCCGGAUGACACCUCAGACACCCAGUCCAGAUUUGUUGAAGAAGGUGACCAGAGCUUCAGCAAAUAGAAAAUCUGCCAAACCUGUGGUUUCCA